GUGGCGGUAUCGCGGAAUGACGCCGCGUGUCAACCAGCUCACAUCACACCCAAAAGAAGUCGACGAGGAACGGAAAGAAACAGGAAGAAGAAGACGACCAAAUCGGUACCACAAUGACUUCGACCAGGAGACUAGGCAAGGAGCUCGAUGACAUCCGCAAAUCUGGAAUGAAGCAUUUCCGCAACAUUCAAGUGGAUGAAGCAAAUAUUUUGAACUGGCAAGGGCUCAUUGUUCCUGAUUGUGCUCCAUAUGACAAAGGAGCGUUUAGGAUUGAGAUCAUCUUCCCGGCGGAGUAUCCCUUCAAGCCACCUAAGAUCACUUUCAAGACAAAAAUCUACCAUCCCAACAUCGACGAGAAGGGUCAGGUCUGCCUGCCCAUCAUAAGUGUGGAGAACUGGAAGCCAGCGACGAGAACUUGCCAAGUGAUUCAGUGUCUCAUCGCUCUGGUGAACAUCCCUCAGCCCGAGCAUCCGCUGAGGGCAGACCUGGCAGAGGAAUACACCAAAGACCGCGCGAAAUUCAUGAAGAACGCCGAGGAGUUCACAAAGAAACACAGUGAAAAGCGGCCUGUGGACUGACAACACAACAACUGACACUCACGGCUGUUGGCCUCCUUUCUGUUUCCUGUUCGACGAGCCUACCCCCCCCACCCCCCCUCCCCGACAUCUCUGUUCUUAUCCCCCCCCCCGACUAUACAGAGACGCCCCGUUCUUACGCACCUGCAUUGUUUUAGCACUCUCCUACCACUCCUUAAUAGAGGCUUGUUGUUUCUGUUUCACUUUGCCAAAAAAAAAGCAGGACUUUUUGGUGAAUAGGCAGGCUCUGGCCUCUAGGUGUCACCUUUUGGUUGUUAAUGACUUCUUUCUACUGAUUUCUUUUUAGAAAAAAAUAAGAAAAUUGUCAGAGGUGGCAUCCUGGAAACAUAUUUAAAAAGAAAAAAAAAAGAAGUGCUGUUCUGCCUACUUAAAUGUUGAAUGUUAUCUCAGAUUAAUCAUUCGCUUAUGCAGACCUGUUUACAGAUUAUAAAGCUUUGUUUUCAAAAGUUAACAAACAUGCUCAGCAUUUAAUGCUGUUGUAUAUAUCUGGUUGUCUCUCUCCUUUUAAUUUUCCUUUUUUUUUUGUUUGUUUGUUUUUUUUUCUCUUAUGAUACACUGUACUCUGUGAAGUCACCUGUUGCAGUCCAAGGAAAAAUUUUAAGUUUGUUACUGAUGCAGAAUCCAGAUGUAAAAAAAAAACUGGCAAACAAAGAAAUGUAUUAAAUGCAACAACAGUCAUGUUUCCUUUGAAAUGUUUUUGUAUUUGACAUGUUGGAACAAGUAGUCCCUUAUAAUUAAAAUCCUUCCACCUCUGUUGGCCUCCCAGGAAAGUGCAUACUGUCAGUGAGCAUUAUUAUUAUUUUUAUUAUUAUUAUUAUUAUUAUUUGCCACACAAGUGGGAAAUCUGAUGUGUUUUUUCUUAUUGAACUCCUGCAUGUCUGGAUGUCAGACACAGUUCUACAAGGCACUUUGUUCAUUUAUCUCUUCUGACCCCCGUUCAAGCACACGAUGUUCACACAGAGUUGUCCAGUUCUGCAAAAGUAAUAAAAUAUGAUAACAUGCGGAGGUACUCUCCCCUCUACUCUCA